AUGGCCGCACUCGUCCAGCCGAAAAACGCGGUCGCCGACGCGGUCGCUGCCGCCGACGCAAGCACGGAUGACGUCGGCGCGUCGGAGGACGGUGUCCUGCACCUGAAAAGUACGCUCGGCACGCAGCAGCACUGGGACGACCACUAUGCGAGGGAGCGCGACAACUUCGCCGCCGACGAGGACGACGAGGGCGUGGACUGGUUCUCGGAGAACGUGGGCAGCCGCCUGCUCCAGUGGGUCGAGGACCACGCGCAUCCCGGCGGCUCGGUGCUGGACCUGGGCUGCGGCUCGGGCGUGUUCCUCCUCGACGUCGAGGAAUCCGUCGACGUCGGCCGCGCGCUCGGCGUCGACUACUCGCCCGCGGGCAUCGCGCUCGCGCGCGCCGUCGGCGCGAAGCGCGGCGCGUCGAGCCAGUUCGAGGAGGCGGACAUCACGAAGCUCGAGGCUCUGGACGAACGGUUCGACCUCGUCUGCGACAAGGGCACCUUCGACGCCUACAUGCUCGGCGACGGCGCGUCCGUGCGGGCCUACGCGACGUCCGUCGCCGCGGCCGUCGCGCCCGGCGGCGUGUUCUUGCUGACGUCGUGCAACAACACGGCCGAGGAGCUCAUUCGCCACUUCGCCGCCGCGAACGCGGACACGUGGGGCGGCGGCGGCGCGUCGCCCUUCUCCGAGCUCGACCGCGUCCGGUACCCGACGUUCCAGUUCGGCGGCGUCCAGGGCGCCGCCGUCGCGACGGUCGCGUUUCGACGCGCGGCGUAA